AUGGUGGUGCAAGGUGCAAACUCUCGGGACUUUGCUACAGUGGUGCAUAGAUCGGCUAGUGGUAAGGUUUGGUCGGCCAAACCUGGGUUUCGGUCGGCUGAUGAAGGAUUGCUGGUAGAUCAAACAACUCGUUUUACGACUCCCCCGUCCAACAGCUCUCAACUUCAGGCUAUUGAAGAUUUGGAGAAAAAUCUUACAGUAUUGAUGCUCUUUCCUAUUAUCUUUCCUAUUAUUGAAGAUUUACUGUUAUAUUUGUUACUGAAUGAAUCAAUGGAGGAAAAUCCUUCAUUAUUGAAAUUUCCUUUUAUUAAAGAUACUGGAGGAAUUUAUGGAGAAAAAUCUUUCGAAUCCCUUACGACGAAACUGAACAUUGACUGCGGAGCAACAGACGCGGACAUCAUAUGGGAAAUGGAUGAUAAGUUCAUAAAAAGUGGACAAAAAAUGCUAAUCAACACAACCAUUACUCUUCAAGAAAUGACCACCCUCAGAUAUUUCCCUCAUGGCACUAAAAAUUGCUACAAUUUAGCAUUGCAAAGCCCAGGAAGGUACCUAAUGCGAGCUGGAUUUUACUAUGGAAACUAUGAUGGUCUCUCAAAGCCCCCAGCCUUCGAUCUCCACAUUAACGUUCAGUAUUGGACGACGGUUAAAAGUACUUUAAGCGACGAUCCAAUUUACGUGGAAAUGAUUUACCCAAUAAAGAGGGACAAAGUUAAAAUAUGCCUUGUUCGAAUUGACAAUGAUUACAAAUUCAUUUCUUCUCUGGAAGCCAAAAUUAUCCCUCGCGAUUUCUACCGAUUGAUGGACAACCACACAUUUCUUAAUCUCAUAGCAGAAUUCACUUCGGUGGUGACCACGAUGUUGGGUAAUUUGUCAACUCACCCACUCAAAAAAAAAUCAGAGAAGUUUGGCUUCAACGAAGAUUUCACCCGCAUUUGGAAGCUGAAACAAAUGCAAGACUACUACAAUGUAACUUCUGUUAGAAUUCCAUUAGGCGUGUCUUCAAGCACAGAGAAUUGGCCUCCAUAUAUGGUUGUAGCAGAUGCGAUCGGUCCUCCAAAUGGUUUUUCAAUCUCCAUGUCGCUCGAUCUUGGUCCGCGAGUUUCACAAGCUUACUUUGUGUUUUACUUCAAGGAGCCAGAUCAAUGGGGACAUUGGCCGCCGGAAGAUCGCAUUAGGAAAGUUCAAAUUUCAAUAGAUGAUCAGCAAAUGGCCAUCACUGAUGUCCCCCGAUUUGACAGAGACGCCAUACGAGUUGUGUCACUCUACCCGGUCCCGGUUGCAGGGUCUGCCAAUGUGACACUGGAAAGUGCAGAAGGGUCAGCACUACCUCCUAUCAUCAAUGCAAUGGAGGUGUUUACUUCAGUGGAGUUGUCAAGAGCUGAACCUGCCCAUCACUGUUCUUUUAUGGUUCUAGCUUUGCUUCAUGUCUUGGGGCUUUCUAUGUUGUUUGGAUAA